CCUGGCGCUUGAUCAAGGAAAAACAUUAACAGCAGUAAGCGGCUUAAAAAGCUAAAGGAACAACUCCACACUACCAGCCUGAGCAACUCUUACUAUGCUUGCUACCCGUCAAAACAACAGCCUGGCGCCCAUACAAAAUGGCUAUCCUGAGCAUUUGGGCGAUUAUAAUGUUUUAGUUCUACGCCUAAUGCCUAAUAACUUUCAAGAACCUCUUACCUAUUACAGAGAUGUAUUACAGUUGCUCUCAAUGCCAGAUAAUUUUUAA